AUUUGAUAUGCUACCCCCCCUUGUCUCAACGCUGCGUUUCCGCUAUGCAUCUUCAACUGGCAUAGCCGCGCAUCCAUCUGUCUGCUAGUUAAUUGCCAGUCGUUCGAGUUAGCCUUCGACGUUAAUCGGCAUUCCUCCAGUCCAAUGUCAAUACCAGAGGGCCAUCGGGGAAAAGAAUCGCAUUUUAUAAGGAGAUUUCUCACUAUCACAGGCGCUUCGCUUCGAGUGGCAGGCCGACCUUUCCUCCAGAGGGUUUCCCGGAGCAGAAAUACCGAAAACCCGGUUGUCCUUCCCGGGUCAGAAAUGAAUCCGGAAUCGCGUGCGCAUUUCGAAUCGGUUGCCAUGGCCGGAAUGUCAGAAGCUACACAGCGGCAGGAGGACUGUAAUUUCGAUAUAUUUGAUUGGUAUCCUCGUUACCAGAGUUGCCAGAGAUAUUUUCUUGAUCGCGCUCAGCACAGCGUUCCCGUUCAGGCUCUGUCCUCAUUUCUGAAUAUACUUCUUCCGUUUCAAAGACAACCAAACCCGGUGUUCAAUUCUGCAGCAGAUGCAGCUCAGUGUCGGCCCCAGUCGCCAGGCCCUGUUACGCCCACUUCUGUACCGCCAAGUGUGUCCCUGGUCCCUUACAUUCGUCGUUUAGUCGCGACUGGAAUGGACUACCCAGGCGUCCUACAUGGAUUUUUUGGCGACGAUUGGGUGACUGGAAUCGGACCUUUACAUGAACAGGAGCGUCGAAACUAUCUUUUUGCUGCCAAAAGCGGCGGAUGGGCAGCUGUUAAACGCGAUUAUGAUAUCCAGCCGCUUGAAACCAUUCCAUUCCUACGGCCGCUCCAGAGUCCUGUUGACUCUGAGAUUGAGGCCGCAGAAAGGGGCUGGAGUGAGUGGCUUGCAAUGGAAGAUUGGAUGGUUGGACCCCGUGCGCCUGAUGCGUUUAACGAGUCUUCACCAUCGUCACGGUCACGAAGUGCCUGAGCUGAGCCUUUGGGGCUCAUUUUCCCCUACAUACUUUCUACAUCUUAUCGCGCUCUACCAUCCCUGACUCGUUAAUUCAUAAAAUUACUUUUUUUCGAUGAUUUUCGGGGUUAUUGACCAUUUCCGGGAUUUAUUUGUCUUUCAUUGUCCUUUUGAUUCUGCUCUUUUUCGAUGUCUGAAUGAUAACUUGCCGGAUUGGUUCUAUCGCAUAUUUCUUAUGUUUGCUUAAUGCGACAUGACAUAGCCUGUGGUUUAUGACUCUAUAUUGUUUCUGCUGAGUUUCCUUUCAUUAUUGAAUCCGGUGGGCCGAUCUGCAAACUGUCGGCCUAAUUCCACAGCGCCGUGUUAAUUUUUGCGAUCCGGCUGAAAAGUUUCAAUUUUUCUUUCUACACAUAGAACCAGCCAGGUGAUCUCGACCACCUUUUGGUAUCAUUCUGGACAUUCUCAUAUUUAGGGUGUUAUGAUAUGGGCCCGCUUCUACGGAGCACAAACCAUGCAGGGUGGCAAGCAAUCAAGCAAAGUACGGUACAUUUGAUCUGAAGCUGCCAAGCUCUUUUGGCGUUGUUUUCCAAACGGCUCCUAGGAUACUUGAAUCUUAUCCUGCAAACUGGGUCGACUCCUGUACUUAAACCAGGCUGCGCUGCAGAUCACACGCUCUGGAAAACCAGCAGCGAACUAUCUAAGCGAUAGCCGAUCGCUCUCCACAACGUGGACCACAUAGCUAUCAGUUAGCAGCUUCGAGGACAGCUACGAGACCCGUGCAUGUA